UGCAAGGAAGGCGCAUGGCUUGUCUGAUGCAUUUCAACAAAAACUGCUAUCAAAGAAGACCGAAGAAGGGAUAAUAAUGCCAGCCUGGAUUCCUCCCCCCAUUGUCUAGUUUGGUUACCUGUUUUUUUUUUUUUUUUUGGGGGGGGAUUUGCAAAACCUAUUUCAUGCAUGUCCUGUGGGGGCAGGUUCAAUUUUGACGAUGGGGGGUCAUACUGCGGAGGCUGGGAGGAUGGCAAGGCUCACGGCCACGGGAUCUGCACUGGCCCCAAGGGACAGGGCGAGUAUUCGGGGUCCUGGAGUCACGGCUUCGAGGUGGUGGGGGUCUACACAUGGCCGAGUGGCAACACUUUCCAAGGGACUUGGGCACAGGGCAAGAGGCAUGGCAUCGGGGUGGAGAACAAAGGGAAGUGGGUAUAUAAAGGCGAAUGGACUCAUGGAUUUAAGGGACGCUAUGGGGUACGUGAAAGCACGGGCAGUGGGGCCAAAUACGAAGGCACCUGGAACAACGGGCUGCAAGACGGCUACGGGACUGAGACCUACUCUGACGGAGGUACCUAUCAGGGUCAGUGGGUGGGAGGAAUGCGGCACGGAUACGGUGUCCGGCAGAGCGUCCCGUAUGGAAUCGCAGCCGUCAUCCGCUCUCCGCUCCGAACCUCUAUAAACUCCCUGCGCAGUGAGCACAGCAACGGCACGGCGCUGCACCCGGAUGCUGUGGGGGGAACGGGGGGGGUGGCGGCAGGCAGCCCAGCUGUCUCCAGGGGGGGCUUCGUCCUCACCAUGCACAGCGAUGCAGAGCUGCUCAAGAGCAAGAAGAAGGGCCUUUUCCGGCGGUCGCUGCUGAGCGGGCUGAAGCUGCGCAAGUCCGAGUCCAAGAGCUCGCUGGCCAGCCAGAGAAGCAAGCAGAGCUCUUUCCGCAGCGAGGCCGGUAUGAGUACCGUCAGCUCAGCCGCCAGCGAUAUCAACUCCACCAUGAGUCUAGGGGAGGGCGAUGCUGACCUCUCCGUCAUUGAAGAUGAUAUCGACGCCACCACCACUGAGACCUACAUAGGGGAGUGGAAGAACGACAAGAGGUCCGGCUUCGGACUCAGUCGGCGCUCCGAUGGGCUCAAGUACGAGGGGGAGUGGGCCAGCAACAAGCGCCAUGGCUACGGCUGCACCACUUUCCCCGACGGCACCAAGGAGGAAGGGAAGUACAAGCAGAACAUCCUGGUGAGUGGCAAGCGGAAGAACCUCAUCCCACUGCGUGUGAGCAAGAUCCGGGAGAAGGUGGACCGUGCCGUGGAGGCUGCCGAGAGGUCGUCGAAUGACGCCAAGCAGAAAGCGGAAAUCGCUCUAUCCAGGACGUCUCAUGCGCGGGGGAAGGCGGAGGCAGCAGUGGCCGCUGCUCAGAAAGCCCAGGAGGAAGCACGGCUCGCCAGGAUCACUGCCAAAGAAUUCUCCCCUUCUUUCCAGCACCGGGGAAACGGGCUGGAGUGCCAAAGGCCGAAGCAUCAGAACUCGAGUGAGAACGACAUCGAAGUGAUCUCCACAGGGACUCAUGACAGCCCCGAGCUGCACAUGAAGGGGACGACCCCCCCUGAUCUCACCCCAGACCAGAGCCCCUCACCCAGCCGGCCCGCCACCCCUCCCUCCACCAGCCGCUCCAAGCCCUCUCGCCGCACCAAGAAUGCCAGAUUCCUGAGACAGACUGCUGUGGACGACGACCGGGGUGCCGGCGAAAUCCAGGUGCUUGUGGAAGGGAGGGGGGGAGCGGGGGAGUACCUGCGACCCAACAGCCGAAGUGAGGAGAAGCGGCCGACAGCAGUGGGAUCCAGCAGUAGAGGCGGCAGUGGAGGGAGCAGCAGAUCCAACACCCCUUCCGUCCAGGAAGACACAAGGGCUCGAAGCAGUAAUGGCCACAGGCAAGCAUCGUUCAACCACAAGCCCCGGGAGCGAUGGUCUGACUGCCCCAGCACCGUCUCCUGGGCGACACACCGCUCCCACAGUGAAACCCUGACCAACUCCCGGCUAUUGGAGCAGGAUGAGGAGAAACUCAGCAACUAUGAGAUGGAGAUGAAGCCCCUGAAAAGAAUGGAUUCCUAUAUGCAAGAAACACAUUCUCAAAAACACCAUGCUGCCGCCUCUGCAUCCGGCACCGCCCACAGCUCUCCCAGCCCUGCCAAGGACAACCACUCGGAGGCUAGGGCCUUCGGGGUUCAAAGAAUGAGAGGCAAAUGCCAGCCCAAGGUGAGCAUGCGGCCCAUCGAGCCCCCCACGGUGCAGAAGCUGGAUAGCUGCCUCCGGCUGGGGGACAAACUUGAGUCCCGGCCCCUCAGGAGGGAUUUGACCCUUUCCCCCCCACAGAAAUCUUUACCCAUUGCACUAGAGCACGACGAGGAGAAUUUAAGUGAACUCAAAGACUCGGGUUCCAGUUCUAUCCUGGUUGUUAUGGUGAUCUUGCUAAACAUUGGAGUUGCCAUUUUGUUUGUUCACUUUUUUAUUUAAUGUAAUGCCUAUUAUUACUGUUAUUAUUCUGGUUACCAUGAUUAUUGCCCUGUUUAAAAAAAAAAAAAAAAAAGAAAAAAAGAGACCAAACAAACAAACAAACAAAUCUCCAAAUAACACAAUCCAAACCUGGGAAAGAAUUCUAAACAGCCUCUUGUUUUUCUCGUUCUUUAAAUCUAAAGAAUUUGCUAAAGUGGUUAACUUUUUUUUUUGCCUUUUUUCUUAUUUUGUUUCUCGCUUUAAAGUUUUUUUUUUUUCUGGAAAGUAACAUUAAAUAAAUAAAAAUUACUGGCUUGUACAACAGUAUAGCGCUGUGUGGCAUGGCAGCACAAUACAGAUGCCUGCCCCCUUCCCCCAGCUACUUCAAAGAAGCAUUACUACAGUGUCGGGAAACAACAGAACAACGCGGUUGCAGCCCGCAACGGUGUAAAGAACUCAGAAGAUCCAAAUUACUAUUUUCAAUGGGCUGUUCCCAGGUUUUCUGUUUUGGCAGCUAUGUUUAGAGCCAGUUGGUACCAGUUUACAUGGAAUUUAUAAUGAACUCUAUUUCCAAAAUUUAAAACAGGCUUACUCGUCUGGUACAGCUUUGGUGAAACAUUUCCGGACAAGAAUAUUCUUUGGGCCUGUGGAGUUGGAAAAAAGUUGGAAAAAAGUCUGUUUAGUUAAGAGGGAUCCAUACUGUUCCAAUAAUUAUUGGAGGAAUUACCAUUGCACAGCAGUUUGAGCCUUUCCAGGUUUUACUGUGAGUCUAAUUAGUGCCUCUUGAGCUUUAUUAGACAAGAGGAAAGGUAUGCUUAAUUAGGCCUGACUAUAAAGAAAGAACUGGAACUGCUAUGCAAUUGUAGUAGUUGAUUAUAUCCGUGCCCUGUUUUCUUAUUGCCAGGGAACAAGCAAAUGUUGUCAUGGCAAUCUGUGAUUUGAUGAUAUCACCAUGGGCAGACAUUUUUACAGUCGCCUGAACUGUACAGUUACCCACCGUUUGUAUUACAGUUAACCUCUUGUCCUGUUGAAUCUUAUUAUGAAAAAAUGUUUCACUAAGACUACAUCUCAGACUUUAAAAUCUUGUCAAGUCUAAUGAAUUUGGCUGUAAAAAUAUAUAAUUCCUUAAAACAAAAUUACAAGGCCCAAAAUUAACAUGUAUAUCAUUUGAAAGAAGACACGGUUCGUUUUCAGCCACUGCUUAGAAGACCUCUACUUUAUUUAAAAGGAAGUUACUUUACAUCCAUUGCAAGACUUUUUAAACAGCCAUCUGCCUUGUUUUUUUUUUUUUAAACUAAGACAAACUGCAUGCUCACGUAUAUAUAAGUAUGUUUAAAAAAAAAAAAAAAAAAAAAGUUUAUGAAUAAAUCUGUUUUUGAGUUUUUAAAGCAGUCGGGGUUGUAAAACUGUGUGUCGACAGUCUUUUCAAAUGAUAAACAUUACCGAUGGGUUGCAUAAGGGUUAGAAUAAUAUUCCAGAUAAGAGUUGUAAAUACAGGGGAGAAGGCUGUGUGCAGCUUGAUCACAGUGAGGGUAUGUGUGCUUGUCAGUCAAGUUACAAAUCAGAAAGGGAUCAUUGGCUCUACAACAAGACUGCCACCACAUUAAAAAAAAGCAUGUGUUUUAAACUACUAUAUCCCCUUUCUCAUACUGAUCUAUAUCUAUCUAUCUAUCUAUCUGUCUUCCUACAUACAAAUGCUGGACAAAAAUAUAGGAACACCUGUGUACCGUUGCACACAUUUUUGGGUAAAUUGGAUUUAUUUGUCAAAUUGGACCCCAAGUCUAUUCUGUAAUGUAUAAAAGCUGCAUCUCUCUGGUGAAAUCUAUUUCAAGAUCUUUGAUAGGGCACUAAUAUUAGAUGCUUGGUUAGCAGAUGCUUUCGUAUCCCCAAUUAUUAUUAUUAUUAUUAUUAUUAGUUACAAAGAUACUCAGAAGGAAUAACAAUUGAGGAAUAGUCACGUAUCCCCUAAGAAUUAAGUUAAACAUUUUACAGAGUCGCUAAGUCGAUUAGUGCCGCCCUGGUUGCCCAUCAUAUUGACAAUGUUAUGGCGGGUGUUUCCAAUUUUUCAUCCAGCUCCUGGAUCUCACUGUCUGGUAUAGUUUUAUACCAUCUCCCCUCAGUUACUCAUCAUCUUGCUUUAUAUAACAGCAUGCCAACGCAUGCAUUUGUUUUGCCAAUCAAAUCUGAUUUCUGUGAAAGAAAAAAAAAAAAAAAAAAAAAAAAAAAGAAUACCACUGAAUAUAAUCUUUAUGUUAUGUGCUCAUUCCAAACAUGCCUUUUAUCAACAGAGGAGACCUGGUGUAUAAAUGGCCUGGAGGGUGAGAUGUUUGCUAGUGUGAUUUUUUUGUUGUUAGACCUGUUCAGUUUGUUUAUGAAAUGUUGGAAAGCUUUUUUUCUUUUCUUUUUUAAACAUAAAAAUCAAUAAAUGGGAGAACCAUUUUAAUUCCAUUUUUAUGUUCUUCUAAAUCCUUGUGGCCUAAUGUAGGCUGUAAAUAGAAUACCACGAGUUAAAUAGUACCAAGUCGAUUCCUCAACCAAUGAAUGAUGUCUUCAAAAUGUAGGGAAUACACAUUUUGUUUGUAAAAUAAAAUCACAAAGUGAGAAGACCGAAAUGAAACACUAUUAUAUAAUUCAGGGGUGUCACAGUAUGGCAGGGUAUGCAAUCUGAAGUGUAGGUGCUGCAUUACAGAAGCAUCUGUAUGCAAGAGGAUCUUAACAGGGCCUGUCUGGGUGUGUCACCAUGGCAACAUCGAUUCAAGAUUCUGAACCAGCAGCUGCUCGCACGGGGAGGGGCCAGGGUGGUGUGACUGCCCUUCAGGGAGAUGUGCUAUUGAAUGAGGUCUGCACUGAGAGAGGGAAAAGGGAGCUGUCUGUUCAGGCACAUGGCCACUGCCUGACACACUGCCUCUGAGGAGGACAAGCAAGGGAGUUAAAGAGCGUAUAGGAGUCUUUCAGAACAGUCAAUACAACAUAUGUACAGUAAAUAAUCACUUCCCUCUGCUAGAUAUACAUUUGAACUCCGCCUUUAUUAAAAUAUGUACCAAAUAUUGGGUUGGGUCACGGUUUGCUCUGUUUAAAGCCUUGACAUGACAUGGCAUAGACCGCAAUAUGCUGGAAGGGGUCUUGAGGGGUGUUAAUCCAUGUAGUCAUUAAUAUUUAAUGCAUUUUGCUGCAGAGAAGUAGGAAGAAGAUUGUGAUGACGAAUGCGUCAGUCAAGACCCAAACAUGCUUGUUUGGUUUGUGGUGGCUAUGGAAGAUGCCUGAAGUAUCUGGCAUUCUCCUCAACCCAUUCAUGCACAAUUCUGGCAUGGUGUACGAGUGCAUUACUGUCUUGAAAGUAGCCAUCGAUAUCCAGAGUAAUCGAAGGACCCAGGCAUUACCAAGAGAACAUGGUCCCCACCAGGGUGAUGCCAAAUCCAAUCAGGUAGACAUGUCCUAAUAAAGUGGCCAGGCAGCAUAUAUAUAAAUAAAUCAAUAUGCUGCAUUUCUUGCCUGUUAUUUCUCCCCAGCGUGCGUGUUUUGUAUCUUAGACUACUUCUAACUACAGGGAUGGAAAGAAGACCCCAUAUUGUAUAGCAGUUUGAUCCAUUCCUGGUUUUACUAUGAGUUUAAUAAGGCACGCCCGAGCUUAUUACAAGCUCGUAGUGAAACCUGGAAUGGGUGACAGUGCUAUACAACUGGAGUCUUAUUUGUAUCCCUGCACUUGGUAUGCCAAAGUAAACAGAUAAUCUUGGAGGAACAAUGGCUCUUCAUUUCACCUAAGGCUGUAAAAGUGUAUUCUAAGCGGCAUAGUACUUAUCUAAACGUUUAACCAGAAACGCACAGUUUUAUCUUGCUUUGAUUUUUCCAAAAGUUUCAGCAUUUAUAGUAUUUGUAAACCACUGUAACAUUGUUUGAAACAAAGUAAUGUAAAAUUUGAAAUAUACAGUAUACAAAAUGUAAAAUAUUGACUAUCAAUACUAAAUCAAGUCUACUUUUACACUGAAAAUAUCUGUGAAGGUUUAAACAGUUAACAGCCGUUUAACAGAAGGUUUAAAUGUCUAAUCUAGUAAACAUUUACAACCUUCAUUUUACCUCACGCAAAAAGGCCUCUGCAAGAGUGAAUGCCACUGGUAGCACACUACAUACCAGUGAUAGCUAGCUACUUCUAACACCAUCAAUAACUAAAUAAUAGCUGUCCCAGGGGUAAACCUUUGUGACUGCAAUUAGACUCGUGUCUUUAAACGAGCUGUACAGCCAAGCCCUGUGCUACUAUAAAUCUAGUGAUGCCUUUCCCUUACAGGGGCCCCUUUCAGUGUCUAGUUUGCAUAUACACAAGCCCUGCUAUUCCCUGCAGUGUGAGCAUUUUAAUCAAUUCUUAUCUUGCACAGAACAAAAGAUGUCUAAAUCCAUUCCUUUUUUUAAAACCAAUUAGUCAUUUGCUCACAAAGCAAGCAGGAGACAUAGUAUUACAGCUUCACGUGUUAUUUAUAUUUCCACCUUCCUCUCGUUCUUUUCAUGUUUUCAACCAUUGAGAGUGGUUCUUGGUUCUGGAUGCUCCAAUAUUGUGUUAUUAUUUGCAUAUCUGUCUUUAACUGGCUUUCAAUUUGCUUUGGGCUUGUCCAGACUUCUAACUGCCAGCAUUCCAUAGACUUCCUCAUUCCAUUCCAUCCAUGUGACAACCUAACCUUUCAACUCUGCCCCAACCUACUGUAGACAUACACAGAGGGCGAGUAGGUGGGGCCUGUCAAGACGAGUGCAUUCCUGUCUUGAAAGUAGCCAUCCAUAUUAGGAUACAAGUGCAGCAUUGCUGGGUGGACUUGAACCACAGCACCACUGAAAUAUUUUGUCUUGAUUGUAGGAGGAAACAUGUUCAGUCCUUGCCAGACCGAAUUUUCCAGACAGGUAAAGACAGAUUUAGAGACAAAUGAUAAUAACUCAAUAUUCUAACUCAGAACCACUUCACAUAAUUUGCAAGCAUCAAAAAACAAAACAAACAAACAAAAAAAACCAAGGAACCAAGCAACCCUUUUAAUACACUUGCAAUCACAACAUCUAAAAACAUGACAGGCGACAGACAACCCUGUCUUCCAAGUGCACAGCUUAAUGUUCUACAGCAAAUACAGCUUAGUGAUUUUAUAAGCCUCUAACCACCAUGGGGAAAAAUUAGAUCAGCCAGGUGCCAGAACUGAGAGUAGAGCUAUGUUAUUAUCCACACAGUGAGCUGUAGUGAGGGGUCUAUAUGUACACAAGUCACAGGAGCGCUCUCUUUAUUUCGCUAUAUAACAUAAAAUGUAAUGCAAUUUACUGUCAACCUGGCCAAAUUGCGAGUUAACUGAAUUAGUGAAUUAUUAAAUCAUGAAAAGUUGAGAUCUGUUAAUCCAAUUGUGAUGAAAAUUGGUUAUGUGACAUAUUAUUAAGAAUAUCGAAACCUAGGGAUAUUUUUACAUGUCUGCCCAUACAUACGCACAUAUGUCACUAAUGUUGAUCUACUAUAGGUUCCCAAAUACCUUUUCUUCCAUCUUAUUAGCACUAGUCGCUAUUUCUUCCUGAUGUAUUUCUUACAUCCACGAGGGGCAGUGUUGAAGGAGGACAGGUUAAUGGUUACACCCUGGUGUACCAGCUGUAGUUAGAGAGAUUUUUGAUGGCUCUAUUGAGGCCACAGGGGUGCUUUAAAAUUGUUUUAAAAAAGUUACCAGGAUGUUAUGACUGGAAUAAUAUACAAAUAGAAUAUAAAGAAGAACACAUUGGCCAAGAGGACUGACAUUUCAGACCUGUAUGAGAUCAAGUGGGGGCACCUGCAGGGCUGACCUUUGUCCUCAUGAUCAGUUGUUGAAGGAACAUAAUUGCACACGCUAAAUAAAGGAGAGGAAUGUGGGUAAAAUAAUUAGGUGUUCUAAAUAAAACAUAAAAAAUAAAUAAUUAAAAACAGACCCUGGCAUUUUGCAUAGUUUUACAGACAGAAAUACUCCAAAUAGACUCAAACACUGUUAGAUGUUUGAUUUUCCCAACCAUUGUACACCCAUUUUAAUUGUGGGCAAUGCUGCCACUACCUCACCUGCAUGAUCCUCUGGUGCACGUCAAAGCCAAAGGAAGGGAUGGGUGACAGUGACUAAAGAUUAGAUUAGAUUGCUCAGACUGUUUUUAUUUUUUCAGGCAGUAUUUGAAUGUGAUCUGCUUGCAGAAAGUGGGUUUUUUUUUUCCUCUAGGUACUUUGGAAUAUUUCUCAAGAUGAAUAAGAAGAAUAGUUUUUCUCCGACAGGGAACUAUGUGGUUUAAGUUAAUGUUGAACGUCUCUGUUGGUUAUAUUCUUGUUUCCUCAUUUUAAAUGGACAGCCUAAAUAAACCCACAGAGAGGGGGUAGUUUAUGUGUGCGCUGUAAUGGAAAGCCAAACUGGUUUCUAGCGAGAGAGGUUGUGGAGAUUGGUAUUGUGUAAUUCUGUGUGCAAACCUAUGUUUAAAUAAAUAAAUAAAUAUAUAAAUUGUAAAACUGCAUGGCACAGAGUAACAUACAAAGGGUGGUUACAUACUUGCAGUACAUGCGAAAUAGACUUCACCAAUAUUCAAAUAUCUUGAAAAAAUAUGCUUCAAACAGCACAAAAAUGCAUAUCAGCCGAAUGAAAGUGGUUUCAUGUCUAGCUGUUCAGGGGCACAUUAGUCUUGUCAUUAUGAAUCUCUGAUAAUUCAAAUGGAAAUACGCUAAGCCUUUGCAAUCAGACCCACAAUUUCAAAUGCCGUUAUACUGAGGACCUCUUUCACGUAGUGAUCAGACAAUACAAAAUGUCAAUAAAAUGAAACUUAACUAGUUCUGCAAUUUCUCUCUGCUUUUCAAGGAGGUGGUUCUGGUAUCACUGAUAAACCAUUCAAGUGUCACUCUUGUGGUAUAUUAUGGCACCAGCACCCCUCAACAGAAUUACGGCAGUAUCUAUACAGAAACCGAUCCUUCACUGUUAACUUCCUUGUAAAAAUGAGAAUGUAUCUAUAAUGUUAGUAUUGUAGAAUGCAUUGGAAGUAGCUUCCCUCACCCACAUUUAAAUAAGAUUAACAGUAAUGUUUGUAGACACGCAUCAAAGUGGAUACAGCAUACACUUGGACAGCAGUGAGAACGUCUUGUGAUUUAUGACGUCAUCUAAAAGCCCUUUUACCUCAUACUAUCUUCUAAUGGACUCCAAGUCAUGUACACAUAUUAUCUAUAUGUAUAUAAUGGUUAGAAAUGAUUCAAUGAGGAUAGCUGAGAGAGACCUACUUAAACUGGGUUUCACUGCCAGUGUGGUUACACAGUCAAACCCAGGACCAAUACUGCAAGAGGCUUAUGACUGAAACACAAACUAAUACACAGGCUUAUACAAAGAACAGUUGUAGAUAAAAACACAACCAGUACUGUAUAUCUGAAAAACACAUGCAAAUAUAUUUCAGAUAGACUUUUUCACUCCUGGCAUUUAUGAAAUAUGUAUGAGACAUAUUCUACAUUAGUAUGUAUUCCAUACAUUAAAUUAUUUAAUUAAACCUACACCCAGGACCUAGAGCCGGUAAUUACUAAAUGCUGUCUAGUUAUUGAAUUCUCCUGCACCAAAACUGCCUGUCCAGGAUUUUAAAUGCACAGGAAAGCAUGAGAAAUAUUAAAAUCAAAUACAUGAAAACUGAAACUGAGAACACAGUAAAACCUGUGUUUACAGUCUCAGAAACUUUACAGACCUGGCUUUAGAUUUCUGCAGAAGAAUAAGCUUCUGUAAUGGUGACUGGCAAGACCAGUGGAAGUAAAUGGAUAACAUGUGUAGUGCCAGCGAAAUUAUGAAGUAAAUCUUUCCAGGACAGUAACAUACUUUGAGACACUCCUGAGGUGAAAUGACCUAGGAAGUGAAACAGUAACAGAUUUCCAGAAAGUAAGCCAUGCAAACUGAGAACUUGCUUUACCCUAGCGUAGUAGAAGACAAACUGUAUACAAUAGUAAGGGAAAUGGAAACAAGCAACUCAAAUGGCAUUUGAAGCUACUAACUCUUUAAGAGGUCUUGCAGGAGGGUAAUAAAUAGUUUCCAGUACAACUAAUACAUAUAAGAACACAGCUGAUCCCAAACCAAGGAAACAAUGACAUCACAUCAAUUUGGUCAGAGAAACAAACCCCUUAUUUCUAAUUGGAUAAAGGAAGGAGCUCUUAGAAUUCCAUGACCUCCGAAUAAGCCUUAUUGCAAUCUGUGAUCUUUCAUCAAGAGGAAAGAUCCACAGAGCACAUAAUGCUACCCACAGCUAGUCCUGAAACCAUGGAAACCAACAUUGUUGCCUUUUGUGAAACCUGACGCUUAACGUUUAUGAAUCUGUACAGUCUAUUCCAGCACUCAUUUCUCAGUUCUUUUUUGUUUUUUUUUGCAUGAGGACAGAAAUGUGGACUCUGAUAUUCUGUAACUAUUUUGUGUUUUAAAAAGGAAUGUUGAUGUUUGAAUUUGAUUGUUUUUUUAAACGCUAAAAUGUUGAUUUUUUUUUUUCAUUUUGAUUAUGAGACGACUGGUUUGAAAAAGUUUGUAUAAAAUAUUUGUUGAAUUUCAA